AUGUCUUAUGGUAAUGGUGAAACUGGUGGGCACCCAAUGUACAGCAUUUGCAGUGCCAUUCCAUGUUCUGAUUCCCAGCUGGGGAGCAUAAAUGGACACAGGAAGUCUACGGCCUUGCUAGAAGUAAGAACAAAUUUAAACAAUAUGGAAUACUCUGCUGUGGCACUUGAUCCUGAUUCUUUGGUGACAAAUGGAUCAAAAAUCCCUCAAAACUUAGAAGAGGAAAACUCACAAGAUCCUGCUUUCCAGAUAAACAAUGAACAUCUGACAGGAAAUGAGGUACACCAUGCCUACACAACAAAAUGCUUUAAUGGCCCAUAUUUAACCAAAACUAGCAUGCAGGGAGAUGUGUACAACUUUCUGGAACGCCCCAGUGGAUGGAAGUGUUUCAUUUAUCACUUUACAGUAUUUCUAUUGGUGCUAGUUUGUUUAAUUUUCAGUGUUCUCUCCACUAUAGAACAUUAUGCAGAAUUUGCCACUGGGACACUGUUUUGGAUGGAAAUUGUCUUGGUUGUGUUCUUUGGUGCUGAAUAUGUGGUGAGGCUCUGGUCUGCUGGUUGCAGGAGCAAAUAUGUUGGUAUUAAGGGAAGAAUACGUUUUGCUAGGAAGCCUAUAUCAAUAAUAGAUCUCAUUGUCGUGAUAGCUUCAAUUAUAGUUCUGAGUGUGGGAUCAAAUGGACAGGUGUUUGCUACAUCUGCAAUAAGGGGAAUCCGGUUUCUUCAGAUACUUCGCAUGCUUCAUGUAGACCGUCAGGGAGGCACCUGGAGGCUCUUGGGAUCUGUAGUAUUCAUACAUCGUCAGGAACUAAUCACAACCCUCUAUAUUGGAUUCUUGGGCCUGAUCUUCUCAUCGUAUUUUGUCUACCUUGCUGAGAAAGAUGCAGUGGAUGAGAAGGGACAAACGGGUUUCUCCAGCUAUGCUGAUGCUCUCUGGUGGGGCGUGGUGACAGUCACAACUAUUGGCUAUGGAGACAAGGUGCCACAGACUUGGAUAGGCAAGACUAUAGCAUCCUGUUUCUCUGUGUUUGCCAUCUCUUUCUUUGCCCUUCCAGCGGGGAUUCUUGGUUCUGGCUUUGCACUUAAAGUACAACAGAAGCAACGUCAAAAACAUUUUAACAGGCAAAUACCUGCAGCUGCAUCUCUAAUUCAGACUCUGUGGAGGUGUUAUGCAGCAGAGAAAUCAUGCAGCUCCACAGCAACAUGGAAGAUCUACAUUACACCAGCUCGAAACACAAAGAAAAUAGCAACACCAUCUAGCCCUAAUCUCAGAAAACAGAGUAGAAGAUACAAGAGAAAGGGAAAACCUGGCCAUGAUAAUGGUUCCACAUCUGUAAUGAAUCCAGGGGAAGCUGCUUUGUCUGUUCCAGAAAUUACUUAUGAUUUCAUUGGAGAUGGAGAAGACAAGAAAGACCUGAGUUUCUACCUUGAUGAACCUGGAGGCUGGCAGCUUUCUUGGUCAUCUUUAUCUAUCUGUGCUGCAACCUGUCCUGCUUCACAAGCCUUGCCCUUGAAAAAGCGUUUGGAGGGGAACAGCAAUGAAAUGUCAAGGGCCAACAGUUUUCCUGAAGACAUGGAUCUCAUCUCUGAAGAGGCAGCUCUGCCUGCUGUGUCUGAUGUUUCUCAGCUAACUGAAGCCCAUCAAACAGCUGUCAAAGUCGUAAGGAGAAUGCAGUAUUUUGUAGCCCGGAGGAAAUUUCAGCAAGCUCAGAAACCUUAUGAUGUACGUGAUGUAAUUGAACAAUACUCUCAAGGUCACCUCAAUAUGAUGGUUCGAAUAAAAGAACUCCAAAGAAGGUUGGAUCAUUCCCUGGGAAAGCCUGGCCUCUUCCUUCCAGAAAAGGGGGUAGACAAAGGAUAUUAUACUGUAGGAGCCAGACUGAUUCGGCUGGAGGAUAAGGUCACACAGAUCGACCAAAAGCUAAAUGAUAUCCUGAAUGCUCUACAAACUCAAUUUGGCAAGCAGCUACCGGAGUGGACAUCUUCUUCAGCUACCCCUAGAUCUAGGCAGUUACGGUCUUCAUCAGAUUCUCCCCCUGUGAGCCAUAAGAUAUGA